GCGGCUCCUGCGACGACGACGGUUGCUGGGUGCCUGGGCGGGUGAGACUUGCUAAAGGAAUUGUAGGUCUGCCCAGUUUUCUCCAUUCUCCUGCUCCAGGCCCUCGGAUACUGUUCCUGCUAUCACCUCCGGUUCAUUAGCUGAGGAAGGCCUCCUCCUUCCCUUCGCUUCCCUUCUCACGUGGCUCAUCGCACUGGAAGCCCCCUUCUGUCUUCUUCCUGAUUCAUUUCUUUCCUCUCUCAACGUGCGUCUCUGGUUUUUCUUUCUCUCAACAGCCCUUGAAAGUAAGACAAGAAGAAAUCUUCCUAUCAAGACUGACAGCAAAAUUAACCCCCUGGGCAGACGCUGUUUUGUACAAACGGUGAAUCCGGGGAGAUGAAGCUUCACGUGCCCCUGUGAUUACAGAUGUGUUCCAGAAUUAGUUUCUGAUUUCCAGAAGAAGCCUUUCGUUCCUUCCCCCACACCACCGACCGGGAUUCCUCUUGGACUUAUCACAGUGGACAAGCAAUUAACCAUCAAUGCUUUUGAAGGAUUAAGGACUGUAAUCGCACGCACAGUGUGUCAGGCACAGCAUUCAGGAGUCCUGACAGUGCUCUGUGGUGGCGCUGUUCUUGGAAUACUACCCUGUUAAGAUGCCUUAAAAGCUUGUCACUACUAGGUUGUAAGGUUCCCUGCAGGAACACAAGGUAUCUUAAAAUUGCAAACUCCUGAAAGAUCAGGAUCCCUUAAUCAUUUGGGAGAUCAGGAGGCAUGUUCAGAACAGAAUCAAACAACGAGGAUGAUUUCCAGCCAUCUACAACUACUCAACCGUCUACAGUUACUCAACUGACUACAAUUACUCAGGUUUCCAGUGAUCCUGCUUUUAGUUCAACAUAUGAGGACACUAAGGAAAGGAGACAACAGGUGAACAGCAGUACAAAUAGUUAUUGUCCUCCACAAGGAACAUUCAAUAAGAUAAUUACAGAUGGAGUUACACUCAUUUUAUUAUGGGUUCUACUCUGGGCCCUUAUGGGCCAAGAAGUUCUCCCUGGUGGAAAUUUGUUUGGACUUAUAGUUAUUUUUUACAGUGCCUUCCUUGGGGGGAAAAUUUUAGAAAUCAUUAGAAUACCUGUAGUGCCCCCACUUCCACCUCUUCUGGGCAUGUUACUGGCUGGUUUCACCAUCAGGAAUGUUCCAAUUAUUUAUAAAUUUGUCCAUAUUCCUACCACAUGGUCUUCAGCUUUAAGAAACACGGCCCUUACUAUUAUCCUAAUACGAGCUGGGCUUGGACUGGACCCGCAGGCUUUGAAGCAUCUGAAGGGAGUUUGUUUGAGGUUGUCAUUCGGUCCAUGCCUCAUAGAGGCGUGUUCAGCUGCUUUUUUCUCCCACUUCCUUAUGAAGUUUCCUUGGCAAUGGGGGUUCCUAUUAGGCUUUGUUCUAGGUGCUGUCUCUCCUGCUGUUGUGGUGCCCUCCAUGCUGUUGUUGCAAGAAAAUGGAUACGGUGUUGAGAAAGGCAUUCCAACCUUGCUGGUGGCCGCCAGCAGUAUGGACGAUGUUGUGGCCAUCACUGGAUUCAAUACAUUCUUGAGCAUGGUCUUUUCCUCAGGUAGUGUAGUCAGCAAUAUCCUAUCAUCCUUGCGGGAUGUAUUUAUUGGUGUGCUGGUAGGAAUUGUUAUGGGAAUUUUUAUUCAGCAUUUUCCAAGUGGAGAUCAGGAGAGACUUACACAGAGGCGAGCCUUCCUUGUUCUGAGUAUAUGUAUUUCUGCUGUCUUAGGCUGUCAGCACUUAGGCUUACAUGGAUCUGGAGGACUGGUCACACUAGUGUUGUCGUUCAUGGCAGCAAAAAAAUGGGCUAAAGAGAAGGUUGGAAUCCAAAAAAUUGUCGCAAAUAUGUGGAAUGUUUUUCAGCCACUUCUUUUUGGCUUAGUUGGAACAGAAGUAUCUGUUGAAGCUCUUGAAUCGAAAACUAUUGGCAUGUGUAUUGCUACUUUGGGUUUUGCAUUAUCGGCUCGAAUUAUAGCCACUUUUACAUUGAUGUCUUUUGCUGAAUUUCGUUUUAAGGAGAAAGUAUUUAUUGCUUUAUCAUGGAUCCCCAAAGCUACAGUCCAGGCUGUCUUAGGUCCUCUGGCUCUAGAGAAAGCCAGGGACAUGGCACCCCACUUGGAAGCAUAUUCGAAGGAUGUGAUGACAGUAGCCUUUCUAGCCAUCCUGAUCACAGCUCCAAAUGGAGCUCUCCUCAUCGGCAUACUGGGACCCAAAAUCCUUGAUCGUAGUGAUGUGACAGGCCCUAUAGAAAUGGAGCUAUCACAGUUUGAACAUUAAAAAGUUUGCCAUCACCCAC